AUGAUCGACAAAGAGAAGCACGAGAUUCUGCCGACGUUGAUCACCAAGUCGUAUGUGACAAGACGACUACCCACCCUACUUGCGAUGGCUUUUGUGGGAGUCGGGUGGACAUUAAACGAGGUGGCAUUGGCAUGGAUUCACGAACGCGUUCCCCGGGAUACACCACCAUUACCUGAUUUGUGGUUUUCAUGGUUCCCCGAGGUCAAAGGUGCAAUCAGAAUCACUGAAUACAUCAUGAUCAUUCUCGUAGUAAACGCCAUCGUCAUCAUUGUUACCCAUCAGCACAGGUGGGUGGUCUCUCGACGGGUCCUGUUCUGUGCAGCACUAUCCUAUUGUUUUCGAGCGCUUUGCAUAACGAUUUUCCAGGUGAGAUCAAUAUCAAUUCCUACCUCAUUAACUAUUCGACCUCGAACUGAUACGAUCUGA